GAGUCUCGAGCGGCGACCGGAGCGUCUUCGAGCAUGAGGUGCUCUCGGGGGCGCUGGAGAGCAUGGUCUGCGCUGAUCAACUCCAUGCCCCGAUUCUUCGUUCGGCGGAGCUCAUCUGCCGCAGGCUGCAACUGAUCGAGAAUGCCCACUCGCUGAACCCAUCGGCGCCGGACUUCUCGGCGCCAGAUCACCGCGCGAGCUGGGGCAUGGCGGCGCAUUCCUGGCAGGUUGCGAACACGGUGGAGGCAGUCCUUCACAUCGGCCUGCGCCAUCCAGAGCUUACUUCCCCCGCUUCCGUCGUGAUCUUCAUCGUCGUCAUUCCGCCGAGCUCACUCCUGCGGCCGUUCGAG